UCCAGUCCAAAAAACUCUGCUAAGGUACACACAACUUCAGCUACUGGAAGAAAGCAUGAAGUGCUUCAAAUCUUGCAGUGGGAUUGCCUCAGAAGACUAAUUUCAAUCAAAUCAGACAACUACCUGAAAUUAACUGCACAUCUGUCUUCUGUUAGACUAGAACAGCCAGCCUCUCCUGAAAUGGUUCUAAAUGAAUACGAAUGAUGGCAGCUUAUGCUGCAGCAGGUACUCUUGCCUUUAUAAUAGCACAUCUUCUCCGACAAGUGAUUAGUCUGGCUAUAGAAACUAUAGAGAAGCCGAUUCAGCAAAAACAUACAAUAAAUUGGACACAGAUCUAUUCGCCAGCCACAGCACAGUAAUGCAGUUAAUAUACAAGAUGUGCACAGUUACUUGGGAGUCCUACUUCUUUUUAUAUAGCAAACAAGUGUAGCAAUUUGAAUGAUCUAAAAGCCGUUGCAGAGACAGAGGUGAAAGUCAGCGUGCACUUACAUGAUCACGCCAACAUGAGGACACUGAACAGAUGCUCUAGGUCAACACUGUCUGUAGUCCUGAACUCCUUGGCACUUUGCUUUUCAGUUUCAGCCUUCUGCACUAACUACUGGUGUGAGGGAACCCACAAGGUGGUCAAACCACCUUGCAUGUCUGCAAUGAGGAAUAAGAAGUGUAUAAUUAACAAUGUCACCACAGAAGGGAAUGGAACAGGUAACUAUAAUGCAGUGCAAUACAUCUGGGAGACUGGGGAUGAUAAAUAUACAUUUCGAUACUUCCAUACUGGAUUUUGGCUAUCAUGCGAGGACCAUCAAGGAGAAGAUCACUGCAGAAGUUUCAUUGAACUUGCACCAGCAUCUGAGAAAACUGUUCUAUGGAUGUCCAUCGUAGCGGAGUUCCUGUAUAUCAUCCUUCUUAGCUUAGGCUUGCUGCUGAUGUCCCUGGAAUUACUCUGCUUUACCAAUGCAAUGGGUGGACUGAAGAUCAGUGCUUUUGCAGCAGUUCUCACUGUUUUAUCAGGACUCCUUUGUAUGGUGGCCAAUAUGAUGUACAUGACAGUGUUUCAGGUGACUGUGAACCUGGGUCCAAAGGACUGGAGGCCACAGUCCUGGGACUAUGGGUGGUCAUUUGGGUUUGCUUGGCUGUCAUUUACACUUUGCAUGUCUGCCUCUGUUUUGACACUAAACAGCUACACCAAAACAGUGCUGGAGUUUAAAUACCGAAGGCGACUUAUUGAGAGGACGCUGCAGAGCAGUGAGGAUUUUGCGGAUGCAGAACUGGCAAAGUUCCUUUGGAAGAAGUAUGUGUUUUCUAUCAGUGGCUCACAAGAUGGCAUAAAGGGGCAUAUCCCUGAAGGCCAAAGAGGUUCUGGAUCCUCUGUGUUUGUGGACAUUGGUAGUUUGAGAGAGUCACAUGACUUGGAGGACUCUGAAGAAGAGGGUGAUGAACAAUGUUAAAGUUACUGAUCUAUCCAUCCCACACUGUGGUUGUUUCUUACCAGUUGGAGGAUACAUUGAUGCCUGGCUUCAUGGAUUAAGAAAUCUAUUACCUGCAGACAGAUCAAUAUUUGGCAUUUAAUGCUAACAUACUAAAUUUAGCUGUUUUUGUCAAGACAUAACAAUGCUACACUGCUCUUACGAAGUGCCAUUUGGUUGCACCAUUGGACUACACAGGAAAUUUUACAGGAUGUAAAAAUUGCCUUCCACAGAAUUAUGCAGAACAGGAUAAACCAACACUGCUAUUCCUAGCAGUGCUCAAUACAUGUUCAUGUUUUAGUUAUUAAUUUCCAUUUUGUCGCUGUUUCAUUAUGAUCACAUCACUUUUGCCUAGAGCUGCCUAGUGAGUCAUUGGUCAGACGAUAUCAGGUGGCCAUCUUCAUUUUACAGCAAUAGGAGGGAACCAGUUGUUAGUACACACCACCAUAUGCAAGACAUUUUACAUGACUAACAUUGUAUCUUCAGCACUUCAUCACAAACAUACAUACAGGUACACUUCCAUCUUAACUCGGCCUCUGAUUUGCCUCCCUAUAGAUGCAUAGUGUACUGAAUAAUGAAGUAGCAUAGUAAAAGGCUGGUCUUCAUUAGACAUGAUAUAUUUGUUCUUGCUCCACAGUUUUUACCAUAAAAUAUCUAGUGUUAGAAAAUAAUUCAUUACUAAAUAUGGAAUUUAAUAUUUAUGCAUCCCUUUAGAAAUUACCCUUUCUUUCCCUUUUAUUAUAAACUCUAUCAGGCAUUUGCACAGAAUUGUAUGUUACACAUUAGUGCAUACACUCUUCUCAAAUCAUAAUUAUCUAUGUUUUAUCAAUUUGUUAACUGGUUCUUUUCAAUGACAACUGCAGAUAUAAGGGUAAAGGUAAAUGUUUUUUUUAGGUGGGGGAACCAUAGUAAACAACUGGGGAAACAGAAAGAACAUGCAAACCAGAGACUG